AGAAGAGAGGGGACAGAUUGGCUACACGUUUCAGCUGAUCCUCUGUUGUUGUUGUUGUUUAGGGGUUUGCAGCGGAUGAGUUGAAGACCGAGAGCAGGAGAGAGAGAGAGAGAGAGAGUGAAGGAAGUCUGUAUUCAUGUAAGGAGUUUAGACGAGAAGAAAACAGCAGUGUAUGAUAAUGGAUGCAGGUCAACGUUUUGACCCGGAGCUUCCUGACGAAACCAGAAGCACCAGCAGGACAGAUAUCUCAAGUGUGAACCAACAUCCACCCUGCUUUCUAAACCUGCUGUUGGCGGUACAGAAGUGCUACUUCCUAGCCGUUGAGUUAGCAGCGGCCGCUGUAACGUGGGCUAGGAAAGGAUGGACGACGGAUCCAGUCUAACAGACGGACGAAGAUACCACCACGUAUCGAAUUUACCACCAGAGACAUUCUUGCGAGGACAGGAAGGUCUGUUGGCCAACCCGGCCAGCAUCUACGACCAAUCUACCGAAGCGCAGCUCAGACAGGUGUUUGUGCAGUGCUCUCUGCUGAUUCUGGUCCUGGGUGUGUUGCAGCAACAUCUACUGUUACAGGAUGGAGAGAGAGAGAGGUUACUGUGCUCCAUGUUGUUCUACUCCGGUCUCUCCACUCUGAUACAGAGCUGUCUGGGGACAUGCCUUCCUCUGGUCCAGGCUCCUUCUCUGGAAAUCCUUAUCCCUGCUAUAGUCCUCACUGCUCAGAUUGUUACUGAACCGGCCUGCAGAGGGCACUGUGAGGAGAGUGAGGAGGAUAUUCUACCCAGAGCCAACCCAGUCAGAGAGCUCCAGGGUAUGACUGUGAUGGUGGGCAUGGUCCAGCUGGUUCUGGGUGUGACAGGUCUGAGUGGUGUGGUUCUGAGACACUGCGGUCCGCUGGUCAUAGCCCCCCUGUUGUGUCUACUGGGCUUCUCCAUCUACAGAGAGGCUGCUCUGCUCUGCUCAGACCACUGGGCCAUCGCCGCACUGACAGUCAUUCUCCUAGUGUUCCUGUCCCAGCAUCUACGCUCCUACAUGCUCCCAGCAUGCCUCAGCAUGCCUCAGCUGCCUGUCUGCAGGAUGCUCUCUGUGCUGCUGCCCCUAAUGAGUGUGUGGGCUCUGUGUGAAGUAUUAGAAAGUUUUGGGGUUUUACGUCUACGUUCUGUCUCCGAGCUGCUGCCGGCACUGAAGACAAGUAACACUUCCCUUCCCGUACCUUUAAGGUCGGACCUCACUUCCUUCACUGUGCCGUGGCUCAGCCUUCCUCUGGCAGCAGAGGCAGGUCUACCCCUGCUGUCAGUUCGAGGCAUGGCGGCCGGUGUCGUUGCAGCCCUCUCUUCCUCUGUCAGUUCAGUGGGGAUGUACGUGCUAACAGCCCGGCUCCUGGGAGUCCCCCCUCCCCCCGCUGCAGCCUGUAACAGGGGCCUUGGGGCCCAGGGUCUGGGCAGUGUGGUGGCUGGCUUGAUGGGUGCGCCACUGGGGCUCAGCAGCAGUGUCCCCAACACCUGUACUCUGGGACUCAGCCAGUCUGGGUCCAGGUGGACAGUGCAACUGACAGCCAUCUUGGGACUGGCCCUAGGAGUGUCGCCUCGACUGACACAGGUCAUCACCUCUGUCCCUUUGGCCAUCUACGGUGCUGUUCUCAGUGUAACAUACACUAUCGCCGUGGCUACAGGCGUGAGGUACUUCCAGUUCACACACAUCGACUCUGGACGUAACAUCUUCAACAUCGGCUUGGCUGUCUUCAUGUCUCUGGUACUGCCUCACUGGUUCCGCAUGCAGACCCUCUUUAUUGAUACUGGUAUGGUCAGUGUUGAUGUCCUUCUCCAUUCUCUUCUGACCUCACCUGUGCUCUUGGUGGGCAUCCUGGCUUUCCUAUUGGACAAUACAGUAUCGGGGUCUUCAUCGGAGAGAGGACUUGACUCGGCAGAGAUGGAGAAGACAGGAUGGACAUCAGUCGACAGUGGGCCAGGGUAUCACCGGGAAGUGGUGUUAAUUUAUGAGUCCCCUUACCUCCUGAGAAGACUGUGGCACUUACCUUGGUUCAGGACGACCCCCUUCUCUGCCUGUAGGAUCACAGAUGAUGGAGACAUACUGUAGAGUCCCAUCGGAGGAUAACGCUGUUCCUGUUCCGUUUCAUGUCCGUCAGUUAUUAAACCUUCACUCCCUGUACCUGCUUCUCAUCUCCUGCGUCGAUCCUUCCAGGUGACUACCUCAUGAAGCUGGUUGAGAGAAUGCCAAGAGUGUGCAAAGCUGUCAUCAAGGCAAAAGGUGGCUACUUUGAAGAAUCUCAAAUAUAAAAUAUAUUUUAAUGAACAGUUUUUUGGUUACUACGUGAUUCCAUACGUGUUAUUUUAUAGUUUUGAUGUCUUCACUAUUAUUCUACAAUGUAGAAAAUAGUAAAAAUAAAGAAAUACCCUGGAAUGAGUCGUUGUGUCCAAACGUAUGUAUAUAUUAUAGGCUACAGUAGGCUACUAAAUAAACUUUUCAGUGGCACUUUUCAGAAUCACCCAAUGAUGAAGACAUACAGUAGGCUAUAAAUCAAGGCGAUGGCCGAUGCACUCCUGCCAAUAGCCUAUCUCAAGAUAAGCUACUUCGAAAAACAGCGCUGUUCACUCAGAAUUGCUCAAAAGUUAUUGAGAAUUAUACUUUUUUUGCUUCUACAGACAGACUAGUCUUUUCUUUUCAGCGAAAUGGCAAACUGACAGCCGUAACCAACUGUAGAAAUGUAAUCCAUAGAUGGCACAGUUAUGAUUCAAGUCAGGACUGGCUAGCGUACCUCAUGAGGUCAGAGGUUACAAGACCCUUCUAUGGAUUAUAUGUCUAUGGCCACAACGCAACAAGCCGUUCUAAAUUUGGGUGGCCUGCUUUUUUUUUUAGAAGCUGUUGAUCCUCUGUGACUAAAUGAUGCUCUCUGGUGUAGUAUUCUGAAUCGUUUAUUCAUGUCUGUUCAGACAAGAGUAAUAGAAUUUUAGGAAAAUAUUUUCUUUAUAUAAUUUUGGAAUUCAUUUGAUCAAGGGGUGCCGUAGCACCUCCAGCACCCCUACUAUGAAAAUGUGUAUUUGAAUAAUAAAUAAUGACAAAUAAAUAAUUCUGGACACAGCGAA